AUGUCGAACGUCCGGCGGGCUAUUCUCCUCGCGAUCUUCUGUCUCGCGCUUUUUGUGGAUGCAUUCAUGACGAGCGCCAUGAUUAUCUGUCUUGACAGCAUCGGUUCUGACUUCAAUCAAUCUACAUCCAUCCUUUCAUGGGUGCUAACGGCUUACAGCCUGACAUUUGGCUCUUUCCUUCUCCUUGCUGGCCGUAUCUCGGAUAUUUAUCACCCCAAACCAGUCUUUAUUGCAGGAUUCUAUCUUAUUGGAUUCCUUGGAAUAGGAGCUGGCUUUGUUAAGAACAUUAUCGGACUCAUCAUCAUCCGUGCCAUUCAAGGCAUAGGAGCAGCGAUGACGAUACCCUCGGCAACCGCAAUGCUCACCGCGACGUAUCCUGCACCCAAAGCUCAAGGAAUAGCUCUAACACUGUUUGCCGCAGCAGGAACCCUUGGGCUCUGUCUGGGUUUCGUGCUUGGGGGUAUUAUUGUGCAACUCGCGUCGUGGCACUGGGUGGUAUGGGUAGUCCCCAUGGUCACAGUUCCGCUUUCAACAAUAUCAAUUUUCCUUAUUCCCGGGAAGCGGGAUAGGGACGGACAUAAGGACAAAAAGAUGGACAUCCCCGGCGUCCUCGUUCUGACCGGUUCAAUAAUCCUCCUUAUCUUCGCGCUCUCUCAGGCACCCGAUUCAGGAUGGGGAACAGCACGGGUGCUGGCCCCCCUGAUUGUCUCUGUUUUCAUGAUGGUCGCAUUCUUCAUCUGGCAGACUCGCCUGCAUGAAGAACAUGCUUUAAUUCCGCCAAAGAUGUGGUUCAUUCCGAACUUCCUGGUUUAUAUUUUUGUGUCGUUCUGCACUCAAAUAUACCUUACGGGCCCGAUUCUGGUCUUCAGCGAGUACUGGCCGGUAGCAUAUGGGUGGAACCCAUUGACAAUUGGUUUACAUGUGUUACCGAUGGGGUUGACCUCCACAAUUGUUUGCGUUGUUCUCCCACGCCAAAUUCUUGCGCUUCCCCCUCGAGUCGCCCUAAUCGGAGCAAACUCCAUGGCAGGCGUCUUCUCCAUCCUAAUGGCAUUUGCGUCAUCUAGAGAGCGGUAUUGGAGCCUCGUUUUUCCGUCAAUGAUUCUUAUCACAGUUGGUUCCUCCGCUGCUUACAUGAUCUCCAAUGUUGGGAUUAUUACCUCUGUCCCUCCGGACAAAGUUGGUGUUGCCGCAGCAAUUUUCAGUGCUGCUCAACAAGUCGGUGGGGCAAUCAAUGUCGCUAUAAUUACAACUAUUCUCGUCCAGGUCUCAAACGAUCAUCCAUUCCCGUCUUACAAGGGACCCUCUUCGGCGAUGUGGUUUAUCGUUGCUCUGGGCUUGGCACAAACAAUCAUGGUCAUCAUUUUCUUGAGGCCACGUACGACUCCGAUGCUGCAGAAGUCCGAGUCUUCCGAUACCACAGUUGGAGAAAUCCAGAUGCAAGCAAAGAAGGUAGAGGCUUGA